UCUUUCUGGGUAGCUUGCGCUGUACUUGGUGACCCACCUCAUAUAGCAAAGCGAAAGAGAAGAUUUCUAGGAGGGUGAAAACAAUUGGAACAGCCUGUUUUAUGCAAGCUCCAUUCAGCUGACAGACAGUCAAUUGCAGAUCCUGCCUUUGCUACCCUGGGGCGGAACCGCUUUUGGCUCCGGCAGCCGGCCUCCACCUUUCCUGUUGGGACCGGCAGGUGCUGCUCUCCAGUUGGCCCAGAUUGAGGCCCAGCUCGCCUUGCAUCAGAUCAACGCCAUUGCCACGGCAACGGCGGUGGCCCAUAACCAAACCCAUCUGACGCCUUCUCCCCUCACCCUUCUCAAUCUACUACACCAGACAGCCACCACAAGCACAGUUACCGCAGCAACUGGCACCCCUUAUCGUAAUCCUCAUCACCAUCAUCAGCAUCCUUUGCAGACUGUCAUGUACCGCCCACAGCCACCAGGGGCGCCCUUUUCCCGGGGAAGACCUGAAACAGGCCAUGGAGGGCGUUCCCAGGUGAUGGGAUACCAGGUGGGCCAGUUCCCCCCUCCGACUCAACUUCCAGAUGAGCUGGAGUCAGCCCUGGCUAUCCGGGGCCCCAGGGAUGAGGACUCACGACUGGGACACCUAUCCCAUUUAAACCCCCCGAUGCGGAACCAAAACCAGGGUCCCGGCAAGGGCCAGAGGCUAGACUUUUCUUCCUCUCCCGUUCCCUUAACCUCAGACAACCAGCCAGGCCACCAACGAGGGAGGGACUGGACCCAGUACCAGCCACCCAGCAAACUAUUUUGUCCACCCCAGCAGCAGCAGCAGCAGGGGCAGUCCCACUCCAAUCCUCCAGGGGGCACUGUGCAGACAUGGAGCUCCUCUUCAGCCUCGGACUCCCCUUCCCAGCUUCGUGGAGGGGAUUUCCAGGGCCUUCACACCCCUGAGAGUGCAGGCACCAUCCUAGCCAGUUUUGGUCUGUCCAAUGAAGACCUGGAGCUGCUGAGUCACUACCCUGAUGACCAGCUAACCCCUGACACCCUGCCCUUUAUCCUCCGUGACAUCCAGCGUAACAAAGCUAGCGGUCGGGGAGGCAGGAAUGCCCAGUCUAAGGCCCUCCAGUUCCACUCCAAGAUGCCGCCACCCCUCUCUCGUGGUCGUUCGUCCCCCCAUCGCUACUCUAGUCAUGGGGGCUCACCGGACCUUCCCAGCAUGCUUACCGUGACCCAGACAGCGGGGAAGGUCAUUGACUAUGGGCAUGCCAGCCGAGCACUGGAGGAGGGCUUCAAACGGGAACCCCUCUCCAAAGAUGUGCUAGGAUUGGCUGGCCCUAAGAUCUCAGGCUCCUCCCCCUCUCCUUCAUCCAAACGUAAAUCAGAGUCCUCCUCCAGGAGACAUCACUCUCAAGACUCCACCCCUUCUUCGGAUGCUAAAAAGUACAGCAACGAGGACUACCGGAGACGAGGGCAGCCAAAGAUCGAUGGCUUCCAGCCCGAAUGGACUCCUGUACGUGAUCAGUCAAUGCCGGCAUCUGCGCCAGUUAAAUCUCGCCCAGAAGACUUUAACCGUCAUAUCCACCCUCACAACGAAGGUGCCAAGUUGAGACCCCUGUCCGAGUCCAGGAGCGAGUCGUCUUCGACAGCAGCAUCGUCGAAAGGUUCCGGUAGACCCCCGGUGGUCUCAAAACGCCAGCGCGGCGGAAGAUCUGGUGCCCCCACGCGGCUGCCCACUCCAACCAUGAUUAGUGAUUUCAGGGCGGAGCCCCCCAAGGUGUACCCCCACACCUGCUCGCUGUGUCAUAAGCGGUGUGAGCAAGCUAAGGACUGGCUCAACCACAUAAACACAGUCAACCACACUGCCAGCUGCAGGGACCUCCGCAACCAGUACCCAGAGUGGAGGUCUGAUGUACCCAGGACCAAUUCCUCCUCAGCCAAAGAUGGCAGUCACCGAUGGCAUCCCAAGGGCCGCUCCCCGUCCCGCUCAAUCUCCCGCUCCCUCUCCUGGUCUGCCUCCCCCAGCCCCCCUUCAGGGCGGGGCCGGAGGGUCCCCCCUCCCCUCUCCGAGCGACAUCACCACAGACGCUCGUACUCUCCCCUCUCCUAUCACGCCCGCAGAGGCUCCUCCUCCUCCAGUUGCCAACGGCCAGAGAAGAGGACCAGCGAAUCGUCAGGAAUAUCUACAGGCAGCUCGUCUCAAGGUCGCUUGAAGCGUUCCCGCGGCAACCCAGCUAAGCGCACGCCUGGCAACAGCCGCUCUCCUUCCUCUGUCGCCUCUGCCUCCACUAAAAAGGCAGGUCCAGGGGCUCAGCCUAAAGUUACUGGGAAGUCACCAUCAUCAGGCAAGACGCCAGUCAAGCCCGGUACCAAGGCGGUCUUCAAGAGAAUAAAACCAUGGAGAUUGGCCCUGGCAUCCACCAAAGAUAGGGUGAUCCAUCCUCCUCCAGCAAAGAAGAAGAAGAAGAAGGCAGCCGGUGUGUCGCCUUCCCGGUUGGUUUACCUCUCAGGCCUCCCUGCUGACACAUCGAAGCAGGAAGUGGGCCAGGUGUUGGAGUCUUUCGGCAAGAUCUGCAGUAUCAUCCUCCAUCUCUGCCCUGCACAGGGGGAGGCACAGGAAGCCUCGGCCAAGGCGGUGGUGUGUAUGGCCAGAGCUGAGGAUGCCCGCAGCUUGCUCCAGUGCGUCAGCCUCUCCUUACGAGACCGGACUGUCUCAGCCUCCGCCUCCAAGAAAUCUGUUCAGGAGCAAACCAUACCGGUCAUUAUUAAAGGGCAAGUUGUGAGUUUUCCCAAAACCAUGGUAGUUCCUGCCAAGUCAACAUCCCCUUCUGCCAAAAAGCCAGAUACAAAAUCUGUCCAGAAGACUCCAGAUAAGAUGGGCGUGGUUCAUAUCCUGGGACUUCCUGAAAGCGGCUAUUCUGAGAGUGACAUCAUCAAACUGGCCCAGCCCUUUGGAACACCCUCUAAAAUCGUCAUGGCUACGGAGCUAGGGAAGGCCUUGGUCAUUCUACCUAAUGAAGAAACUGCAGAGGAGAUGGUGAAGGUCCACACCUUUAUCCCUGUCAAGUUUAAUGAGGCUGAGCUGAAGAUGAGCUGUAUGAGGUGCCCUGUCGACAUCAGCACUCCGGUGGCACUCUACAACAUCUUUACCAGACCAGCUGAUGCCAUUAAGGUGCCGGUGCUCUGGAACACUCUGCUCGUGGUUCGAAACGUUCCGGACACACCUACUGGCCCGGCAGACGUCCAGAAGGUGGUGAAGCGCUUUGGUGCCUUCAAGGAGGCUCUGGUACUCAACCAUAACAUGAUCAUCUUUGAGAUGACCACGUCAGCUGUGGCCCUGGCAGUCUGCAAGCGUUUCCAGAAGUAUCCAUGCAUCAUCCAGAACAACCCGCUCACCUUCUCCCGCAGGGCUGAUCCCAGGAAGAGCGACGCCAGCUCCUCUGUGGUGCCGGUCCCGGCCCUUCUGCAGAGCCCUGCCCCUGAUGCAGCGCUCCCUGGAGGACAGGAGGUCUCACUGUUGAACGGAGAAGGGAAGGAGGUGGUGAAGGAGGAGAAGGAGGGUACGGCUGUGUCCAAGCCUGCUGGAGUGAAGGAAGAAUCUCCUGAAACACAGAGAGACCUACCUGGGUGUGAGGUGAUGGAGAAGGUCAACACUGAGAAGAUUGAUGAGGUCAUAUCUGACAUUGAUUCUGCAUCUAAACCUGGAUCUAAUGAGCCCUCUACUGCUAUGGAAACUGUUAAAGCAGAGCACACACCACUAGUGAACCAGCCUGCAGCUACUGCCGAUCCAGGUCAAAACGAUCAGCCUGCCAGACAGGUGCCCCUCCACAAUCCCAAGUUGACCUCCAAACAAUCGAAAGUGACCCCGGAACUGCCCAAAGUAACCCCAGAGAUCCUGAAGGCAUUACUAGAGGAGUGCCGAGCCAGGUCCUCCAGUAGAGCCAUCAGACCACCAGCGCCUCCCUUGAGCCAGGAGGGGAACAACAUCCCGGAGGAAACCGGAGAUGGGAAGGAUAAGCAGGAGGGGCCGGAGAAGACGGAGGCCCAUGAAGAGGGACUUAAGAAGGAGAGAGAGAGGAGGCAGCUGGAGAAGAGAAAGCAGGAGGAGGAGGAAGAGAAGACUAAGAGGCUGGAGGAGAAGAGAGAACGGGAGGAGAGGAGAAGGAGAGAGGAGGAAAGGAGGCGGUCCCACAGAGAUGGGUCCUCGGGGUCAAGGUCAUCUGGGAGGUCAGAGGUCAGUAGGAGGAGCACCAAAUCCUCCACCAAGAGAGACACGUUGACCACAGUGGCUCACAGGGACCAAAAGGAGCAUGAAGAAACAAGGGAUGAAGAGGAGGAGUUCAUGGCUUUCAAUAUGGAGGACUUUGUGACGGUAGACGAGGUAGGUGAUGCUAUCGAGGAGGAGAUGGAGGUGGGGGCCGACCACACACAGACCACAGUCCCUGACAUGCCCACACCAGGCGCAGAGACCACACCUGCUGACACAGCUGUAGCAGGCAGCAACACCACAGCUCCGCCACAGUCUGCACCUGCCCCUGAGGCCUCAGCCACACCCAGCCUUGUGACCACAACUGUAUCAGCAGCUACUCCAUCAGAGACCACACCUGCCCUGGAGACCACACCCCAGUCUGCAUCAGAGGCCGCACCCCCACCUGUACCUGUUUUAGACACUACUUCCCUGACUGCAAAUGGCCCGGAUACCAUGCCCACACCUGUCGCAGAGGCCACGCCUACACCUGUCGUGGAGGCCACGCCCACACCUGUUGUGGAGGCCACGCCCACACUUGUCAUGGAAGCCACGCCCACACCUGACAUGGAGGCCACACCCUCACCUGUCGUGGAGGCCACGCCCACACCUGUCGUGGAGGCCAUGCCCACACCUGUUGUGGAGGCCACACCUUUUGUGGAGGCCACACCUUUUGUGGAGGCCAUGCCCACACCUGACCUGGAGGCCACGCCCAUACCUGUCCCAGAGGCCACUCCCACACCUGUUAUGAAGCCCAUGCCCACAUAUGUCCCUGAGACCACUCCCACAAAUAUCCCAGAGACCACCCCCAUGCCUGUUGUGAAGGCCACGCCCACACCUGUCCUGGAGCCCAUGUCCAUCCAUUUAGGGAAGGAGGAGAGGGAGGGUAAGGCUGUGUCCAAGCCUGCUGAAGUAAAUGAUGAAUCUCCUGAAACACAGAGAAACCUACCUGGGUGUGAGGUGAUCGAGAAGGCUGAGAAGAUUGAUGAGGUCAUAUCUGACCUUGAUCCUGCAUCUAAACCUGGAUCUAAUGAGCCCUCUACUGCUAUGGAAACUGUAAAAGCAGAGCACACACCACGAGUGAACCAGCCUGCAGCUACUGUCGAUCCAGGUCAAAAAGAUCAGCCUGCCAGCCAGGUGGCCCUCCACAAUGCCAAGUUGACCUCCGAACAAUCGAAAGUGACCCCGGAACUGCCCAAUGUAACUCCAGAGAUCCUGAAGGCAUUACUAGAGGAGUGCCGAGCCAGGUCCAUGCCCAAGACCCUAUCCACACCUGUCUUAAUGGCAAAGCAGAAGUUACCCCUCUCUGACCACCGGCCGACAGUAGAGGAGGAGCAGCGAUCAGCGGGGGAACCGGAGGAAACCCCAAAGAAAGAGCAAGAAGAGAAGGAUGAGGAGCAGGACAAAAUGUCUGCAGGGAGAGAUUGCGAGAGCGGGAAAUCACAAGAGGAGAGAGAGGAAGAGCAGGACGGCACGGAGCAGAAGCUGAAGACCAAACCCCUCUUUCCUAAAGACUACACCCUCCCUCCUUUCAACCCCAGCUUCCCCGUUGGCCUGGAGUUCCUUGAACCGAAGAUUGGGUUCUUCUGCAAGGUGUGUAGCCGGUUUUACACCGGCACACAGGAGGCUGAAAAAACCCACUGUCGGAGCAUUAAACACUACCAAAACCUCCAGAAAUCCCUGCAGCAGUGGCGGUGUAAGGAGAACAGGUCGGGGCCCUCCUGAAGGAACUACAGGGAGGAACACACUCAUACAUUCCUCUCCUUUGCUUUCCUUUCUCCAUCCUUUGUUUGCCUUGAUUUAUUUGUAAAUUCCAUUGGUCCAUACUGUCACUAGAUGAUGUAAAUAAUAAUUGUUAUGUUAAUUUUUUCUGAAAUAUAAUGAGAGAAGAUGACAGUUGUGUACGGAUGAUUUGGAGGUCCUGAAUGACUGAUGGAAUAAAAGUUUAUUUGGAAGAGUCUGUUUUCUUGGUCAGAUUCUCUGUUGGUAGUCAUGCAGAUUUUCUUGCCAUAUGUACGUGUGUCUUUGCAUUGCCUUACGUUCAUCUGUUUGGCUCUGGUUUGUGGUUGAGGGAUUGAUAGAGAGUGGGAGAGGAGAGAAAGGAGGGGUGGGAGGAGGGAGGGAUGUGUGGAUAGGUAAAUACAGUGGCUGGGGAAGGGAGGAUGGUGUGAUUAGGUAAAUGCUUGGUAUUAGAGAGGGAGGUAGAUACUGAGGGAAGUCAGCCAGGUGUGGACAUGGAAAUAAUGUGAUUUCCAUGUGCAGCUCAUACAUGGCCCAUUGCCUACGUUCAACUACAUUGCUGGCUGCAAACGAGGCAUAAUCAGGUCACCAUGGUGACUGGGGGCUGUAGCUUUGGAAUGAGAAGUACCAGAAACUCCUGUAGGUGUGGUAGUCACGUGUCGCAAUACAUUUGUCCCCUCAGCUGGAGCAGAAACCCUGGCUGACUGGGUGUGGUCUACCAGUUGACUCAAACUUAAUUCAAACACAUCAUCAUCAUCCUACUUGUGUCACUGGUUCUUGCCAGCAGGCUACUGUUCCACACCUGCAUCUGUCUGGAGCGCUACCUGGCGGUGGUCCGCCCUGUGGUCUUCCUCAGGAACAACUUUUGGAGGGGGGGGGUUGGACAUUUUGUUUGGUUUAGUGUUAGUUUGACUGUUCAGUCCUGUGAAAGGUUAUGUACUCUCUAACCUGCUCCUGAACUCUGCACCUGGGCCCUACCGAAACAAAACUCUGAUGUACAAACUGGGUGUUACAACACUGACCUGGUUCAGGGCCAGGUCCUCUGACAGCCUGUUCUUUCUUCAUGAUGGUCUGUCUGACUUCAUGCUUACAGUACCUAACAGUUUGUAUCUCAACCCAACUUCUGACAUUGUUUAAAUGUUUUAUUAAUAGUUGUGUAAGUACUGUAUUAUGUAAGUUAGGUUUAUAUCUUAACUAUGUACAGGUCUGAUCCCACGUCUAUUAAACAUGUGA